CUCACUUCAGCGGUGGCACCGGGAUCGGUUGCCUUGAGCCUGAAAUCAUGACCACCCCAGGAAAAGAGAACUUUCGCCUGAAGAGUUACAAGAACAAAUCUCUGAAUCCCGAUGAGAUGCGCAGGAGGAGGGAGGAAGAAGGACUGCAGUUACGAAAGCAGAAAAGAGAAGAGCAGUUAUUCAAGCGGAGAAAUGUUGCUACAGCAGAAGAAGAAACAGAAGAAGAAGUUAUGUCAGAUGGAGGCUUUCAUGAGGCUCAGAUUAAUAACAUGGAGAUGGCACCAGGUGGUGUCAUCACUUCUGACAUGAUUGAAAUGAUAUUUUCCAAAAGCCCAGAGCAACAGCUUUCAGCAACACAGAAAUUCAGGAAACUGCUUUCAAAAGAACCUAACCCUCCUAUUGAUGAAGUUAUCAGCACACCAGGAGUAGUGGCCAGGUUUGUGGAGUUCCUCAAACGAAAAGAGAAUUGUACACUGCAGUUUGAAUCAGCUUGGGUACUGACAAAUAUUGCUUCAGGAAAUUCUCUUCAGACCCGGAUUGUGAUUCAGGCAGGAGCUGUGCCCAUCUUCAUAGAGUUGCUCAGCUCAGAGUUUGAAGAUGUCCAGGAACAGGCAGUCUGGGCUCUUGGCAACAUUGCUGGAGAUAGUACCAUGUGCAGGGACUAUGUCUUAGACUGCAAUAUCCUUCCCCCUCUUUUGCAGUUAUUUUCAAAGCAAAACCGCCUGACCAUGACCCGGAAUGCAGUAUGGGCUUUGUCUAAUCUCUGUAGAGGGAAAAGUCCACCUCCAGAAUUUGCAAAGGUUUCUCCAUGUCUGAAUGUGCUUUCCUGGUUGCUGUUUGUCAGUGACACUGACGUACUGGCUGAUGCCUGCUGGGCCCUCUCAUAUCUGUCAGAUGGACCCAAUGAUAAAAUUCAAGCAGUCAUCGAUGCGGGAGUAUGUAGGAGACUUGUGGAACUGCUGAUGCAUAAUGAUUAUAAAGUGGUUUCUCCUGCUUUGCGAGCUGUGGGAAACAUUGUCACAGGGGAUGAUAUUCAGACACAGGUAAUUCUGAAUUGCUCAGCUCUGCAGAGUUUAUUGCAUUUGCUGAGUAGCCCAAAGGAAUCUAUCAAAAAGGAAGCAUGUUGGACGAUAUCUAAUAUUACAGCUGGAAAUAGGGCACAGAUCCAGACUGUGAUAGAUGCCAACAUUUUCCCAGCCCUCAUUAGUAUUUUACAAACUGCUGAAUUUCGGACAAGAAAAGAAGCAGCUUGGGCCAUCACAAAUGCAACUUCUGGAGGAUCAGCUGAACAGAUCAAGUACCUAGUAGAACUGGGUUGUAUCAAGCCCCUCUGUGAUCUCCUUACGGUCAUGGACUCUAAGAUUGUACAGGUUGCCCUAAAUGGCUUGGAAAAUAUCCUGAGGCUUGGAGAACAGGAAGCCAAAAGGAAUGGCACUGGCAUUAACCCUUACUGUGCUUUGAUUGAAGAAGCUUAUGGUCUGGAUAAAAUUGAGUUCUUACAGAGUCAUGAAAACCAGGAGAUCUACCAAAAGGCUUUUGAUCUUAUUGAGCAUUACUUCGGGACUGAAGAUGAAGACAGCAGCAUUGCACCCCAGGUUGACCUUAACCAGCAGCAGUACAUCUUCCAACAGUGUGAGGCUCCUAUGGAAGGUUUCCAGCUUUGAAGCAAUACUCUGCUUUCACGUUCCUGUGUCAGACCAGGCUACCCAGUUGAGUCCUCUUGUGGAGCCCACAGUCCUCAUGGAGCUAACUUCUCAAAUGUUUUCCAUAAUACUGUUUGCGCUCAUUUGCUUGCCUCGCGCACCUGCUCUCUUAUACACAUCUGGAAAACCUCCGGCUCUCUGUGGUGGAAUACCCUUCUAAUAAAAGGGUAACCAGAACGGCCCACUCUCUUUACGGAAAAAUCCCUAGGCUUUGGAGAUCCGCACUUACAUUAGAGUUAUGGGAAUAUACACAUAUUAAUGUGACUCCCUUUUUCUUGUGGGGGAAUAAAAGAGGACUCCUCCUCAUUCCCUUUAACAUGGGGGAAAAAACUGACAUUAAAAGAUGAGACUAAAUCUUUAUCUUGAAUUUUACACAACUACUUACGACAAGGGAGAUGUUUAGACCUGUUGUGUAUACUUCAGAGUACUUUUCAUGAGUUCUUCCACAGUGAACCCUUGGAUUACCUGGUGGCUUUUUCUAGCCAAAUUUGCAUUAAUCCUUACUGAGAUUGGAUGGUUUUCUUUCCUCUAUUGGCGCCAUUCUUCAGAUAUUAAAGUUAAACCAUCCACUCCCUCACCUUCAGCCUUCAGUGAAUGUGCUUUCUAGUUGUCAGGAAUGCUGAAGAAUUAACACUUUGACUCCUAAAUGUGAUACUGGUUUGUAGAUUCCCUUAGAGCAGAAAGGAGAGGGGCACAUAUUAAUUUGUAUCGCUUUUGCUUCUCUUUGGUCUUUUGUAUCUUAGAAUUUGGAAGUGGUUCAUUUCUGUUGCUGGUAUGAGGAUUUCGAAUACUUAGUAAUCGAAAACCAUAUCCUGUAAUUUAAUUUAAAAAACUAAGGAAGAAAAAACCCUCCAAUUUUCCCAAAUGCAAUCAGUGUAACUAGAGGCUGUGUUUCUGCAUUAAAACAAAUGUUUCAGGCUUUGUGGUCCUGAUCAAGGUCCUCAUUAAAAAAUUGGAGUUCACCCUAGGUGCUUUUCCCCUCUGUGACUGGCAGAUAACACAUACUUUUGAAAGUAACUUUGGGAUUUUUUUCUUAGGUGCAGCUCGAUUCUAAUCUUUUCGUGCUGCAUACAAUUCCUUUAAUGUAGCAUCCUUAUCUGAAAGAAAUAACCAUCUUCUCAACACGACCUGCUUAACCCAAAUAAGAACAGUGAUCUUAUAAUCUCAUUGUUCCCUAAUCAUUUUAUUUCAUCUCCUGCUAGUACUGUGCCGCUUCCCCCUCCCCCCACACAAAAUAAAAACAGUAUCUGCCUUCUGGCUCAUUUAAUGAUGACUGCAAUCUGUACCUGCAAAUGGCUCUUCCAGUACUGUGUUCAGUGAUCCACAUUUGUGCUUGGACUGGAAUGAAAAAAUACGCUUAAUUGCCAAGAGAACUGCAAAUGAGUUCAAUACGACUUCUCGGUGCUAGUUGGCCAUCUUGACUCAAUGUUGGGAUACACUACCAGAGAAGAUUUUUUUGUUGAUGUGCUGUUCAAAGUGAAUUCUGAAGGAAAAGGUUGCUCACCUCUGUUUCAGAGCAUACCCUUUUAAACCUUUUUAGACUUGUCCUCUUCUAGAAUUCAUUAUAACCCCAAAGUGUAAAAACUAUUUGGAAGUUGCCCCUGACAAGCUAUUAUACAUCUCUGGUAAAUCCUGCUGAAUGUAAGGGAUAUUCAGAGCUUUUCAUACCUCAUCAUGAUGUUAUUUAAGCAGCCAACUUAUGUGACCUGAUUUAAACUUUUAAAAAAUCCACUUCAUUCAAACUAGAAAGAGUCAAAGACAAAGGACAUUUAUCAGCCAAGAGUGUGACGCAUUCUUCGCAUCUAGUCUAGUAGUGUCUGUGCUCUGGGAUGGAUACCGUCUGAUGUCUGUCUGUUAUUGAUGGCGCAGCCACUGCAAAACUAGUCAACUCCCAUCUAUAACUGUUACUUUUUCUAGUGCUGCUUUGUGCUGAGAGAACAUUUUAGUUUACUGCACUUGACCUGUAAAAGACUUUGAUUCUUUGUAAUUUUAGAGAUAAAUUAGUUGGUUAAUUUAAAGAAAUUUCAAUGUUGCCUUUACAUCACAUUAAAAUAUAACUUCUUUCAGAAGGAUAAUAGAAGCACUGAUUCAUAGUAAAAAUCUUGUUUUUAGCUUUGACUUUUUUGUGGCUGUUUUUUUAAAUUGUAAAUUACUAGUAACAUGUCAUUUCUAUAGAAUGUUUUAAAUUAUGUACCUUCCAUUGGAUAGUUAAAAUAAUUUCAUUUUAUAAGCCAAUUUGAGUGGGAAAAAUACAAAGCACACAGUUGUCUCCCCACAUUAGGAAGAGUAGUGUGCAUUCGGACAUUCGGAAUUUUUGCUAGCAGUUGGAGAUGUUUCAGUGAGUGAAUUAAAACAAAGUCUAUUUAACUGAUGUGAUCUAUUUUGUGUCUAAAACAGAGGAAUUUAUCUUGUCCUAGAAGUUCAUGAACUAUAAGAUCUAAGUUUUUUUUUUUUAACAAUAAAAUGAUUUUUUCUUAAAGUA